AUGGGCAGUGAACACAGAAACCUGAAAUGGAUACUUAUGCAGAUAUUUCUCACAGGUGAGUAUUACUCAAACACCUGAUUUUUGACAUGCUAGAAGGAUUUUAUCUCUGUAGAAGUAUUGAUCAACGUCUCUUUUAGGUGUUCUUUGCAACCCAUGGGGAGUGGAGUAUAAACAGCUACAGAUCUGCGCAGUGAGGGGCUCAUCCGCCGUUAUCUCGUGUAAAUUCUACUUUACUGGCUUGCAGAUAUUAAGGCGAGUCAAGUGGGGUCACCGAGAAUCUCAAGGUUUCGUCUGUGACAGUAAUUCAAGCAGAGUCACCUCCAGAUUCAAGUAUAUUGGUGACAGACAUGGAAAUUGUUCUUUGAAAAUAGACCAAGUGGAGCGAAAUGACGCUGGGAAAUACAACGUUAGAUUCUAUACGGACAAAGUCAAAGGCGGUCUGUCUAGAGGUGACGGUCCUACAUUAAAAGUUGUUGGUGAGUAUUUUUCUCCCCUUAAAGAACAGUUAACAAGUUUUAAUAAGAGUUUGAAACUGAGACGCUCCUUUCUUUUCUAGAUUUGAGAAUUUACACGACGAAACCCAGUGAGAACGAGACGAUAAAGGAAGGUGAUUCAGUCAGUCUGAUCUGCAAAAAUGACUGUGAUGGCGGGAACUCUUCAUCUGCUUUCACCUGGUUUAAAGAUGGAGAGCUCCUCAGUGAGGGAUCUUCACUUCAUUUAACCAACAUAUCCUUCAUACACUCUGGAAAUUACACCUGCUCCAUAAAGACACAACCAAAAACAGCUUCAAGAGCCAUAAGAAUAGCUGUUGAGUGUGAGUAUGGGACAAAAGAUUAACGGUUUACACAUUUAGGAAUUAAGAAAACUACGAUUUUGAUCAAAUUUGUACACUUCUGGUUUUCUUUCAGACGCCCCCAAAAACACAUCAGUGUUGGUCCACGCCGGCACGAACUUCACGCUGAUCUGCAACAGCCACGCAAACCCCCCAGUGGAAAAUUACACCUGGUUUAGAGAAGAUGAGAGUGAGGAUUAUAAAGUUGUUGGACUUCAGUCUGUGCUUUCCCCCGCUGAAGGUGGUCGAUAUUUCUGCAGCGCUGCCAACAAACAUGGAAGUCGAAACUCCACGACUGUGAGAGUCCAGAUUAAAGGUAUGUUGCUCUAGUUGCUAAUGCAUGUGAGCUUUUAAUCAGUGAUAAUGUCUGGAAAAGUGAUUAAAUAAACAAAAAUAAAACGCAAGGCAACUCUCAUCUUUAAGCUGUUGUUUGAGGCGCUGACUCAUGUCUUUAUUUCACAGCAACUUUGGCAGCUUUUACCAGAAACCUACUCAUCGUUGCUUUUGUAGUUGUGCUGCUAAUUGUGGGCACUAUCGUCAUUGUCAUAAGGUAAGCUGUGUUCAAAGCUCUUUUAGACAUGUUCUCACAUAAUGACUUUUAACACAAGCAGUGCGGGGCAAGCUUCAGAUAAAGCUUGAAUCCUUCAGAAACGGCCUCUGUUGACUAUUUUCUCAAAACACGGCAUAAAGGGUUUGUCCACAGGGGGCGCCAAAAUCAACACAAACAGUAAACUUCCUUAAAGAGCUUUAGGAAAAGUGCAGAUACCUGACAAAAUAAUAGGUUACUCUGUUCACAUUUUAGGUAUAGACUAAACGUCUUGCUUGGGAAACUACAGAAAUUGGAAAUUAAAAUGCAAUUAAAUAAAAAUUUGUUUGCUUGAAUAGAUCAACACAGCCCCCCCAAUCUUUUAAAAUGAAUCUGGUGCCGGUGGUGUAGUCUAGUUUGUGGUGGAUAAACACUGACUGGCAUCCCCGCCAACGCUCACAUCCCAUCAAGAACCACCAUAUGCUCAAAAUGAGCCUUUUACACCAGCUAAACCGCAGGGUCUCGAGUAAAUGAUGCAGAGUUAACGAGGGCAUCUGACCACGUUUUCCUGCUCAAUAAGCGCACAGCGUGGGCGUUUGGUGGUCUCGAAGAGUUAGAUACUUAUUAAUGUCUAGGAGCAGCCUGGUUAGUGACACUGACAGCUAUAUUACGAGACCGUAAUGAUACUUCUUUAACCUGUGUGAGCGUGAGAGUGUGCAUAAAGCGUAGUGAUAGGCUGCAACUUUGGAGCUGUGCAGGUCUGAGGUUAUGGGGAGAAACAUGAGCAGUAUGGUGAUGUAUAGAGACAAGGAAAUCUUGCAUUUGAAAUCCUUCUGACUACAUAAAGAACUCAAUUUCACCAUAUCAGCUCCCGAUAUACCCUUUGAACCCUCUCACUAGAUAUCAGGAAAGUACUUCUUCCCCUUUAGACCAAGCUUGAGGUGCACACAUUUAUUGCUUCCUCCUGCUAGCAUCACGUCUUUGCUCACGGCCACCACAACUGAGGUUUAUCUGAGGGGAUCUAGGCGUGAAACCAUCAAGCGUGUCGGUGUAACUAAACACUUGCACUAGGACCAAACUGCUGUGUAUAUUUUAAUCUUGAGCACAUAGCAGGUGAACUAAACGAUUCACCCACACAGUCAGAGACGGAUUUUGGGGCCCCCUAUUUCUGCCAAUAAUAUUGAUUUUUGAUCAUUCACACAUGUUUUAAAAUGUUUAAAAUAAAAUAAAAUGUUUUCGGUCAGUUUUGUUACUGCCCAUUUUACAGAAAUUUGCUCACUUUCUCAAUGGGUGCAUGGCGUAAACCUACAAACCACAUUGACUACACCACUGGAUGGUGCAAAAUAAUGCAACAUUAUGAUAAUAGAGGAUUUUUCUCAAAUGAAUUCAAUUAAAAGCAAGUUUUUAAAACAAGUAUAGCAAGAAAAUAGACAGAUUUGUAUUUAAAUGUAAGAGGUGAAAAUAAAUACUUGUUAGAAAAUAUGUAACAGAUAGUGCUUGAUAAAACAUAUAUUUGUACCUUGUACCAAUCACGCCUUUUAUUUUGAAGGGUUUGUUACUGUGAUGCAUUAUAAUUUAAGCAAUGAUCAUGUCAUCAGUGUUUUUCUGUUCAAGACUCAACAGAAAAAAGACAUGGACACUGACAUGGACACCAAGGGUGGACUCUGAGGAGGAAGUGCAGGUGAGUCUUUUUUGUUAUUCAGCAAAACCAGUUCAGACAUUUUCACUAAACAGACUAUAUGAUAGAGUGACAGCUUACAACUGAGCGCAUUUGUAACUGAUUUCAGGGGAUAAAAAGGAAAUAAAACUCAUAUCUUUCAGCUUUCCACACUCAUUUAUUGUGUGUUUUUUCUUUCCCUGUGUGCAGGAUACAGAGUAUGUCAACUGGCUGAGCUGUGAUUAUAACCCGACACAAGAGGGAAGUCAUCCUGGAGAAGUGACAGAACUCAUCUAUGCAACUGUUGACUUCAGUGAUAACGCGACGGAUAUGUAAGAUACUCAUGCAAUAUAUAUCGAGUUUAUUUCAUCUGUUACAUUAGAGGCAAGUGAGCUGAAUGAGUUUAUCGCCUGCAGGGAACAGCAGACAGGCCCCAUGGAUGAUGAUGAUGGUGUGAUUUACAGCACAGUGUGCAGGUAAAACUCUGUAGAUUUACACAUUUAACAACAAUUCUGAUUACAAAAUAGAUGAUGUACAAAAAAUAUCUUCUUUUUCAGGUACCAGCUGAUGAACCCCUCAUAUGUUGAGCCUUCCUGAUUUGAUAUCAAACACCGGACGCUUUGCAGAAUACAGAUAUCAAAUUUUGGGAAUAUAAACCACACAUACUUCCUGUGGGAGUUCACUGAUAUUAACUAGACAACAAUGUCUAAAACAAUGCGUUUGAACACAUCUCCCUCAAAGGUCAAACAUAUCCCAUGUGUCUUUUUAGCAAGGUUUUGAAUUCAGUUAAAAAAACACAACAUAUCAGCCUCACUGGAGGAUCUGCAGCCUCUCAGUUUCUAAACUCAGUGAUCUGAGUGGGUGGGGGUGCUGUUAUGAGGUGCUUAGCUGACUGGCUGCUGAAGUAAUGUCUGAGAGAGGUGUGUGCAGAAAAAUGCAGAGGGGGGGGGAAACACCCAAAAAAGACACGACAAGGACCUGCACCAGGACACUGCAGGUUUGAUUUAGAAUCUGUUGAAAUGCUGUAGUCAUGGUAACAACAGCUUCUCUCAGAUUGAUACAUUGAAUUUUGAACAAUAUUCCUAUUUUCUUGCCUUUUGCGUGAAGCCGUCUCAGAUGAAGUGACUCACACAGAUUAGAAAAUUAACGCGGAUUGCAGCUGGUUAGUGUUAAAAAUACCCUGAUGAUGGGUCAGAAUGUCACUGAUUUUCAUUGAUUUUUUUAGACUAAUUACGAAGCAGUUGGUACAUCUGACUCUUACUUUUGAUAGCUAGAGUGCAACUCUGAAGCAAAAUACAAUAAUGUCAAAGGAGGAGGAGGAAUUGUUCAAGGAAUGAAGUUAAGAGUGGAAUGCCCAUAAAACCACAGGAAACACUAUGUUGGCGGUUUAUGGGACCUUUAACACUAAUCUAAGUGAUAGCUCAGCUGAAUCCCUUUUGGUUUGAAGGAAUAAAGUUGACGUUUGGAGCAUGUGUCAGCCUGGAGUCUCAUUUUGUGUUGUUCAUUCGAUGUGUAAAAGUGACGUAGCAUCAACAAAUCACCUCAUGGGAAAUUUAGUCCAACAUCUCAGAUAGGGGAUACAUCUUCUUGAGGCCACAUGCCAUUUUUAUCAUCGUCUUAUGCCUGACGAUCACACAAAAACAACCGAGUCUCUGCUGACACAUUGUCACAUGACACCUUUUCCUGUCUGUCACUCCCCUUGGUGUUUUUGUAAAGAUGAACCUUGGCUGAGUAUGUGAGAGUGUAUCUGCACCAGUUGGAUGUUUUUAUGCUGUCAUCCUGUGCUCAGUGUAACAACUCAUACAUUUCUGUUCAGUGGUUUGGCAAGGUGGAAGUUAAUUUUCUUCAGUAUUUUUUGGCUUCUGAGUUGAUGAGAGUUUAUGUCUGUGGUGAUGACUGCACCUGGAAACUCGUGCAACCGGUUUGAAAGCGGUACAAAUCAGGUGAUGUGAAAGACGUGAAAUAUAGAGUAUGAAACUAACACUCACAUCUACCAAGGGAGAGCAAGAGGAAAUAACUGAACACAGAGCAGCUCUGUGCAACAUUGUGUCACCAUAUUAAAGUAGAUACGUUUACCAGCUCUGGGUAUGACUAAAUAUGUGUAAACAAGCCACUCAACUUUUUUCUACUUCUAUAUAAAGGUUGGGGUAACAUGCACCAUGAGCCUGCACUUCUCUUGAUUGUGUUGUUGACAACAUGUGGAGACAUGCAUCAUGCAUUAUAGCAGCAGUGCAUAGACUUGUGCAUAGAUGAGAGUCAUUAGCAAUUGUUGGUAAUUCUUUAAUCAGCCCAAUAUCUGCUCAUUACUCUGAAUAUUUUAAGAGUUUUGUUAUAAUAAAAUAUUCCUAGUUUCAAAAAUGUAGAUCAUUUUAUUUAGGAUGCAUCACAAUUAGACAUCCAUUAUAGCCACAGAGGUUUUGACAUCCAUACAAACAGUCCUCCUUGUUCUUAUUUCAACAGCAUUAUAUUAAACUUGAAUUAAUUGAAAAUAAAGGCAUGUGGAGGCUUAGUUUUGUGCCACAGUGUCUUUUAUUCAAGUUGCAUGGUGAUGCCAGGUUUUCAAUCCCCCUGGAUACGACAGCCUGAAUGUAACACCCCUGAGCUGGUAGUGCAGUCCGGUUUCCUACUGAGACUGAGCAGCAGUACAAAAGGAAACUAUGGAGCCAAAAGAGGGUCUACAGUCAUCUUCCCAAAACACCAAUCUAGUAUGUUUCAAAAAACCGUUGUGAAGGACUUUGCUGCAGCAUAUCUUAUCUCAGUGUUAUUCUGCCCUCUGCUGGCAGCUUAAGAGUAUGGCAUCAUAAUACAAUGUUUAGUCUCUCAUGAGUGUGGGUGCUUGUCCUGACAUGUUCCUCAAAUCAGUUUCUUGGUUAAGUUUCUUUCUUACAGUAAAUCAGAGAAAUAUCAGAGGAGGUUUUCAGCAGCAUUGUCUUUGCCACUUUUCAACAACUACCCUCCAGUUUAUAAAGAUUUUUUUUCUUUUAAUGAGCUGAUGGUUUAAUUUAAGGUUCACCACACAUGACAUAUAAUUCAACUCUUAUAUGGAAUCAUCAUUUAGCAUCCAUGCAUUUUGUAUUAUGCACUUUUUUUCCCCUGAGAUGAGUUCAGUUUUUUUUAUUGCUCUGUGGUAAUAAGAUCAGUGUGGUCAUCAGACAAAUCAGUUUCAUUUCUGCGCUGCAGUAUGACAAACUCUGAUAAACCACACACUUCCCUUGAUCGUUUUGUUAACAGCAUGUGGAGACACACAUCAUGCAUUAUAGCAGCUUAUUGUUUUUUUCAAGAAUACAGCUGUGAAUGUUCUGAAUCAUUUAAAGGCAUUCUCAUUACAAUACAGCUUCUUAGCAGUUAUAUGCAAUAAAAAGAAUUAUUGUACCAGUUGAAAAGCAUAUUAAAUAAAAUGUAUGAAUGCAUUGCCAAUUUUGGGCUUCCAUAGUUAAGUCACGUUAUUGUCUUACUGUCGGGGAGAGUGGGGUAAAUUGAGCCAGAGGGUAAGUUGAGCCACCCCCUGUAAGUUGACCAUAGGAGACCACUUUUUUGUCAUGCUAUAUUAUCAAGACAGUUAUAUUUACACCCAUUCUGUUGGUUUGCAGGGAUGUACAACAUCUUGAAAUAUAUGCAGAUACAAAAAACAUUUUUUCACUCUUGAAAGUGAAUUUAGUCUGUCAUAAGUUUUAUGAGAAUUGUGUUCGGACCAAAAAAGAACAUUUUAAAUUAGUUUUAUACAUCAAUUGUGGUAUCAUAUGCUACAACAUGAGGUCAAAAACGGAGAAUAAAAGUCCACCAUUUUAGCUUAGAGGACUAAUAAAGUCAUAACAGUAGUUCUGGGGUAAGUUGAGCCAGUGAUUCAACUGAGAAAGUAAAGGAGUGUGAUGAGAGGAUCAGAGUUUCAGUUCAGAUUGUUGAAAUGUUUUACUUAUUCUUUUCAAAAAUACAGCUGUGAAUGUUCUGAAUCACUUACAUUAAAAUUACUUUUUACAAAACAGCUUUUUAGCAGUUAUAUGCAGUAAAAGAAGAGUGGGGUGGUAGUAGGGAUACAGGUCAACUUACCCCAUACACGGGGUAAGUUGACCAUAAGAGACCACUUUUUUUGGCAUGCUAUAUUAUCAAGACAGUUAUGUUUACACUCAUUCUGUUGGUUUGCAGGGAUGCACAACAUCUAGAAAUAUAUGCAGAUACACUAGUUAGAGACAAAACUAUGAUUGCCUUAAUGUAGUGAUCCGAAAUAUGAAAAAUGGCUCAUCAUACCCCACUCUCCCCUACAGUAGUUUGAGUCUUGUGUAUGUUUUUCCAUAUCUUUUUGGAUAGCUAAUAUCCCUCGCUAACGGAGCCGAUAUAAAAAUGAUCGCCUACUUAUCUUGAAUGUGUUUACAUCAAUAUGAAUCCAGUUUCAUGUGCACUUUAACCUGCAGUGAAAUAUAAAGGUCCCCUGACUAGAAGUGGUCAUUAGAGGGAGUCCUUGGUUACUGUGCUGGCUGUCCUCAUUAGUUACUGUUCACACCUGUGCAGGAGAAACUGCCUCCUCACCACCUAUAGCCAAGAAAAAUUCCGAUAUGUAUCAUUCAGUAACUGAACUUUAUUGGUUUCCGCCCAUUUCUGACAAAACGAAACUUUGCAAAGACAUGCGGAAAUGAGAAGUCAGCGGGUCUCAGAAGUGAGUCUGAACCGGUGCCUGUCAGGUCCACCAGGGAUGACUCCAGCGCUUCACUCUUUACAAGAUAAACCAAAGGGUCUCUAGACGUCCAGCUCAGGUGAGUACAGGUGUGUUAGGCGAUGAUAAAUAUGAUAAGAAGCGGACCAGAGGAUAAACUUGAUAUGAACUCAGCAUGUUUAUUUAUUAGCUGGUGGGUUAGCUUACACUCCAUGGAGUAACUGUGGCGUAAAUUGAGUUUAUUAGUCACAAAACUUGGUUGACAACUAUCUUUACACAUGCAUGUCUCAUGACUCUGUGUGUUAGUGGAAAAAAAGGAUCUGGACCUGACCCAGAGACUGUCAGCUUAUCUAACAUACACAGACAAGCUGCUGGGGGCGAGUUAGCAAGCUAACACGCUGCAGAGUAAAUACAAAUACACUCGUUUUGCGUGAAAGAGAGGUGUCCCUGUAAUGAAUUAACACGUUCUAAACAACGUUAAGGUCAUUUGAGAGACAGCUACAGUUUGUUUCUGGUAAGCAUUCUCAUGUUUUUGCAAACGAAACGGGAAGUGACUACAUACGCAGCACAGUAAUGCUAACGUGAUUGGACGAAACGCGCCACCGAAGAUCUUCUCGUGAAAAGAUGUAUCACUCGGUGAGAGAGAAGAUGUUAGCGACUUUGCUGCUUGCCAUGUGCCAAUCUUUAAAACCUCCCACGUUAAUUAGAAAUAAUAUACUGUUUAAUUUUAUUACGUUUCAGCGUUUGGAGCAUUAAUACAAGCAUCUCUGAAAUAUACCAAGUUUAAACAGUUUUUCCUGCCUAACAUCUUAACAAUAUGCAUAAUUUUUAUUUUUUUUUCGUUUCACUUUUGAGGGACUCCCCCAGAUAUUCUUAAUGGUACAGGAAUAAUAUAGUUAUAAGUCUUAAUCACACAAAAUGUGUCCAAGCUAUGAUUAUUGGCUGUGACGUAGUUGUUACACAGGCUUAAGUGUCCCUCAAAAUAUCAUCUAGGUCACUGUUUUUCAAAUGUAUUUGAGCCACUGCACAUUUUUUACAUUGACAAAACUUGGGGCACACCACCAACCAAAAUAACACUCUAUAGCCUAACACAGUAUAUAUAGUUAGUGAUAUAGUUUCUAAAUUUAUAUAUCCUCGCUCAGUGUGAACCCUGACCUUGUUUAAAUGAGCACAAAGGUGAUAUCCUGGAAGGAGAGGAAGAAAGACACGCACUGAGCUAUUCCUCAGCAGCUCUUAGCCUCUCCCUUUUUUAGUUUUAUUUUUUACAGGCAAUUAACCAUCUGCUGCCACCCUGAGACAUAGAGUAUUAUUCUGACACUCACUUUAUGACAGCACAGACACUUGACAAUGGCAAAUUAUUUACAAAUUGGAUAAUUUCCCAUGGCACACCUGACAGUCUCUCACGGCACACUAGUGUGCAGCGGCACACAGGUUAAAAAUCACUGAUCUAGGUCCACCAAACUGGUUCUUUGUUUAAUGUAUGUCAGCCAAGUAUCUCCUUUAGGGUGUGACCAGAGUGUGUUGGUAAAUAAUCAAAGACGGUGCAGAGCUGUGACUUCCUGCUGAAAUGUCCUACAAGGGACUCUGAGUUUACAUCAAGUGUAUAAUAUAUUGGCCGAUGCAAGUAAUACCAAAGCUCAAGUGAUUUUCAGAAAGGUUUAUUCAAAUUUAAAAUAUACUAAAAUGAAAAUAAUAAAGUGUCAUUUACUAAAUGAUCUAUAUUUUGUUAGUUUAACCCUCCUCCUGUGUUAGGGUCUGCACAAGGUAACCUAGAAAUAAGAACCAAAUUGGAUGAUAGAGAAUUGUUUUUAGUGUAGUUUACAGCUGAUUGAAGACACAGGUCAAAACUGACCCUUAACAUGGUGGGUGUGUAGUAAAAGCUAACACUGGAGGAAGGUUAGUUUAAGUGUUAAACUCAAAUUCAUUAAAUCUUGCACAAAGUGAGCCAUCUUAAUUUUUCGUUAUCUUUGGUUGAAUGGAGUUUAUUAUUGGAUAUUAGUUCCCGGGACUGAAGGUGGGUGUGUAGGUCAGUGAUACUAUUGCAUGGCAAUUUCCAUCUGAGCAUGUGGCAGAGAUGUCUGUUUGACAUUGUGUUAGGUAAGGCUCAAAGUCCAAAUGAAAACUUAAACUCUGCUCUGGUUGGUUGUUUUGCUGCGCCAAGCAGAGUCUCACGAGGCUCCAAUGGGCAGAAUUGAAAGUGAAAGGAAUAUGCAGCAGGGUGGGUUCUCCCGGUGCUUUUUGCUCAUAGUUCUGCCUUCAUUUACAGAGAUCACAGAGGUCUGAAGAUGAAGUGUCCAAACUGUGGUGAUGCUAUUGAAAGGGAGAGAGCCAAGUUCUGUAGUGAGUGUGGCUAUCACCUGCGUGCCCCACCAGCAAACACACAAGGUAAGUAGAUUCAUUUAAGAGCUGGUUUAAUAAGAAUUCAUAAUGAGAAUGUAAUUUUAUAGCAUUACGAGGUCAGGUGAGAUUUACUGCUCUUGAUCAGUCAGUAACAAUCUGGCACUAUGUCUGGGUUUCACAUAAAAUUGUAACAAUACAUGUCCCUAAAUUAAAAAGAAGUGACAACUUUUGUGAAAUUGUGAAGGUGAUAUAGGAACAAAAGAGAAUCAAACUGUUUACACUCUGUUUAUUAUCAUGAUUCAUGAUAUGAGUGUUCAUCACAUGACAACAAAAUUACAGACUGCCAUAAUAAAUGUGGGUCCCUGACCUGAAGAUGGCAGCAUCUCUGCGCUGUGUGUUCACACACUGGAGAAAGAGUUUGAAUGAAAUGAUAAAACUUAAAAAUGAAUGUCUUAUCUGUGAGCUGCUUUGUAUGUGAAACACUCUCACUAGAUGGAGCAAGUUUGGUUUGCUUUUAACCGAGAAUAAAACAAAACUAGAAAAUAAAGAACCCAGAUGGGAGAGCAGAAAUCACACAAUCUGAUGGUUACAAUAGUUUUAUAUAUAAUUACAGCAGGAAAGCAGGAGAGAGAAUUGUACCACUUGUACCUAGACAUUUCUCAGAGACCAAAAAAUGCACCACAAAGUCCAGGCAGUGAAAUAAAACACGUGUGAGCGAUCCUCAAGGUUUCAUGGAGGUACAGGAGGGAUGCCAGUAGACCUCACAGCACCCGCCUGUGUACUCAGUCUGCAGGAAAAGGAUCUAUGUGUCCACGAUUAAUAGUUAGAGGUCUGGAUUUACUCCACUGGGAUAAAAUGCAUCUUAUUUACAAUAGAAUAAUCUUGUUUAAAGGUGUUUUCCGGAUAUUUUGUUAGAUAAAGACCAGGGAGAGAGACCAGAGAGAGGGAGGGAGGGAGAGGAAAUGAAUCUGAAUAAACAUUAUAGGGUGAGCAAAUGGUAUGACUUAAGGACAGACUUACAGAUAACAAACAGGAGACAACUCUAUUGUUUCUCAGACUGAGACAUGUUAAAAACCGUCAUGUCAUGUUUUUAAAAAAAUGUGAUGUUUUUAUAAUAUUUUUAACUCAUUCUCACAGGAUAACAAAGGAAUCUCGCAGGACAAGAUUUUUAGACUUUUGCACAGAGAAGAAGUGAAUACCGUAGAGACACCAGAUGAUAAGAUGAUUUAUUCCAAUAGAUGAUGACGAACUUGUGUGCACACACUAGUUUAUUUAUCUGUUAAAGUUAAUGAUUUUUCUUGAGAGAUUGACUCUGAUGCACAAACAUACAUACCUCUCAGGUAGAUUAGUGAAGCCUUAUCUCUUGUAUACCUCAUUUUUUAUCCAGAUACAGAGGAUCAGCCCAGAUCCUUGGUGGCGGACUCUGAAAGUGCAGCUGAGAAAUCAGGACCACAGAAAGCAGCCUCACCUGAUGAAGGCAAAGAAGCAAAUAAAUCUCCAAAACGACCGAGUGAUGAGAGCAGCAGCAGUCUAAAGAAAAAGGUGAGUGUGUCUGUCGCUGUAAUGCCUUAUUUUCUUUGAGUUUAAGGUGCUCUGUCAGGAAAGAAUUAAAAAAUCUACUAUCUCAAAACAUCUGAAUAUUUACUCGGCUGUGUGCAGUGGAUCUAGAUGCUCUGAGUCCAGCCUCAGUCUACGUACUCCUUGUGAAGCUCCUCAGAGUUUUUGCAUCUACUUUGUUUGACAGUCCUCUCAAGGCUGCAGUCAUCACUGCAGCCCUUUGUAUAGGAAGUCAAUGAUCAUCCUCUGGACAACAGUCAGUCUGCAGUCUCCCCCAUGAUUGUGGUUGUGUGGAUUCAAACUGAGCGAGUAAAGGCUCAGUUAACCUUUGCAGGAUUUCACUGUUAAUUAGCGAAACAGAUUUUUUUCAGGACUAAAAUAACUGACAAGGAACUGGACUUUUACACAAUGUUUGCAAGUGUUAAGAUUGAACCUUUUUUUUGGCAUAAUCAUCAAGAUUUUAACCAAAAAGUCUUAAAAUAUUUUACUUUGUGUGCGAUGAAUCAAGCACACCGCUGCUGCUGAAUUACAUGCGCCGCUACUGAAAUUUCACAUAAUCAUUAAUAUCAAUGCGCCACUAAUGAUUUCUACUCGCACAACAACACACAACGUUAUUUUCAACCUGUUUUGAGUCAUCACGGGCGCAUCAAAUCCUGUCAGGCCCUUUCCUAUCAAUGUGAAAGGUAAUGUUCAAGCUAAUACAUGGUCUAUAUAUAUAUAUAUAUAUGGUUAUUUUUUUUUACUUGUUUUGACUCAUCAUAUAUUGCGAGUAGCGUGGGUAACAUAACAUGAACGUAAGAGCGUAGGUCCUUGAGCGUCAAGAGAGUGGGUAACAGCGAAAAUUGGACACGGACACAGCAGCACCACCGCUGAAAUAAAAUCAAAAACAAUGAGCACAUAUAGAAGUUUCAACUUUUUAAUUAAAGUAUGAGGAAAAAUAAACUUUUUCAGGACAUUUCAAAUUCUAUUGCUACACUUUUAUAUUGUCCCUUGGUAUCGUAUGAAAAUGUUUUAGAAAAUUGAUUGCCUUAUUCCUGUUAUCGUAGAAAAAAAAGAGGAAGAAAAACAAAAAAAAGAAAGAUGGCACCUCGUCACUGGAUCAAGAUCAGAGCUUAUCUGACAUGUCCCACGUCUCUGUGGGAGGAGACCAGAGUUUAAAAUCCAAGAGUGGAGGAGACUCGUCCGACAGCGAAAGCUCAGAUAAUGCAAUGGAUGAAACACCAGAGUCACUCCAGGAGGGCGCCUCCCCCAUGGAGUGCCAGCCUGAUUUCUCGGAGGCCGACACUCCUGCUGCACCGCCAGAAGACAAUCAAGUCAACCAGAGUGGAGCAACCGCUGAAAAAGAAGAGGCAGCACCUGUGACACAAUCUGAGGAAGAUCCAGGUAAAGUGGCUCAGGAUCAAACCCCGAAUACAGACACUCCUACACUAAGACCCCCUUUAAGGGAUAACAAGACAGCGACAUCUCAGACACCUGCAGACAAGGGGACAAAGACCACCAACAACAAAGAUCUGAAGAAUGAAAGAAAAAGCUCUAAGAACAGAAAAGACACUGCAGACACCAGACAACCUACACUGGACCAGAAUGCCAACGAGGAGACGAGUCCAAAACAGACAGGUCAAGACAAACAGAAGGGAAAGAGUCAGCAGGAGCAGAAACAGAAGCAGACUGCAGCAUCUGGGCAGAAGAAUUCUGGUCCUCAGACCCGAUCAAAGGUAAAAAAAAAAAAAGGAUUUUAUGCAUUUUAUACUUUUUCAUUGAUGUCAGAUGUACUUUCAACGAAUGUAUGAAAUGAUUCCUCCACAGGGUGACAGUGCAGAACCACAUGUGGACCCAGAGAAGACUAACAUGGUUGCUCAGCAGUCUAAGAGCGAGGAGGUGACAGAGACCAGUCAAAAACAGACAGGUCAAAACAAACAGAAGGGAAAGAGUCAGCAGGAGCAGAAAAAGAAUCAGACUGCAGCCUCUGGACAGAUGGUUUUUGGCCCUCAGACCCAGUCAGAGGUACAAAAAAAAGUAUUUUAUGCAUUUUAUUCCUUUCCGUUCAUGUCAGAUGUAUUUUCAACAAACAUAUGAAAUGAUUCCUCCACAGGGUGACAGGGCAGGACCACAUGUGGACCCAGAGAAGACCAAAAACGCUGCUCAGCAGUCUAAGAGCGGGGAGGUGGCAGAGACCAGUCCCAACCAGACAGGUCAAAGUAAACAGAAGGGAAAGAGCCAGCAGGAGCAGAAACAGAAUCAGACUGCAGCCUCUGGACAGAGGGUUUUUGGUCCUCAGACUCAGUCAAAGGUACAAAAAAUAGUAUUUUAUGCAUUUUUAUUCCUUUCUGUUCAUGUCAGAUGUAUUGUAACAUAAAUGUUAAAUGAUGACUCAACAGACAGGCUCAAGUGUGGACCCAGAGGACACUAACAGGGUUGAUCAGCAGUCUAAGAGCGGGGAGGUGGCAGAGACCAGUCCCAACCAGACAGGUCAAAGUAAACAGAAGGGAAAGAACCAGCAGGAGCAGAAACAGAAUCAGACUGCAGCCUCUGGACAGAGGGUUUUUGGCCCUCAGACACGGUCAAAGGUAGAGCAGGACACAAGUGACAUGAGGGAAUCCCUCUUUAGUUAAGACAAAUAUGAAUGUUCAUGUCGCUUUGUGUGUGUGUUUGUAAAUAUUUGUCUCUCUUGGGUUUUUUAGGAUAACCAGGAACAAGACUAUAGCUGCAUCAGACAGGCUCACCAUCUACUUCCAUGCGGUCCUCUCAAAGGAUUUCAAAUUUGAUCCGAAUGAAGAUCGAGUCUUUGUCAGAGCUGGAUGCAUCAUUGGGGAAUGGGAAGACAAUGCAGCUGAGCUGUCUGUAACCAGGUACUUUUUUUUUCUUUUGAAACCUUUGAACUAACAGGCCUGUCGUGUUAUCCUGACCGCAGGAAAUCAGAGGCAGGUCACUGUUGUACUAUGUUGUAAAUUUCAAUUCUUGUUUUCCUGUAGGAAUCUUGGGGAUCACGGGUUCCUGGUCGAGGGCAGUCUGACAACAUAUAGAUCUGAUGCUGUGUCUCAUUCGAUACCAUAUAAAUAUGUUGUCUACAAGAAUAAGAAGGAAAGAUAUGAGUUCGAGUUCAUAUACAAACUGGAAUCUGCUAGCCAGCACACUGUCAACCGAUGUUUGUUCGUGAAAUCCCACAUGCUCAAUGAAGAAGGUAAAUCCUGUGCAGCUUUUUGUUUGGAAACAUGUUAAUCCCGACAUCUUAAAAUAAUGAUUAUAUGUCUUAAUUCCAUGUAGGGGACUGGCAUCAAUAUGAUGACAUCGUUUGUGCUGAGCCAUCAAAAAACGUGCUCAAACGUUGGACAGAUACCCUAAAAGAUGCCCUAUGGCGUGACCAGAAGAAGGAUCUAAUUCAGGGCAUAAAUAUUGCGGGGAAUAUUAUGCUUGAGACCAUCUUUGAUCUACUCAGGAGCUGGAGUGUGGCCAAUGUGAAAAGUUUCCUGGUCCAGCUGGAUCAGUUCUUUCAGGUUUACAGUGACCCUUUUGUGUUUGAUGACAAACAAAGAAAAAGGCAGUCCUUAGACUAUGGAAAAGACAAUGUAAGUUUUGUACCCAUAAACUUUUUGCAUGGUAGCAUCAAACUAUCAUUGUAAAAUGCAGGUCAUAUAAUCUUAAAUAACCUCCAUCUCCCAGGUGAAAAAGAUGCUGAAGGACUUCCUGCUGGAAAGGGUGAUUCCUCAGGUGUCUGAGGAUGGAGUUAAGGAGAUGCUCUUUGUCAAGGAUCCCAUGAGGGCUGCUGUGAUUAUGCUCUGUUUGUGGAAUGAGUAUGGCUUCCAUAUGAAAGAUGCCGAACGAUAUCGGCUCUGUGCUGCACUGUGUCUGCCCAACAUGCACAAGGAACACUUCCUGCAGUACUGGGAAGAUUUCUUAGAGUAUGUCCCUCUUUUCAAGAAGUAAGUGCUCAGUCUUUUCAGUCAAGUUCACAAACAACUUACUUAAUAAAAUAAGAAUAUUAAAAGGGACACCAAAUGAUCUUUGUUAUAGUUUGGAACAAAACUUGGUGACACUGAUAAACACUGUAAGAAGAGUAGGAAUGCCUCGAUGGAUUCUGGUCCUGCCGCUCCUUCACCUCCUUAAAGGCACCACAAAGCCUUUUGAAGUACCAGCCUCUGGGAACUCCAAGUAUGGCUUAUCCUGGGCAGGCUUACUGGGCCUUGAAACAAGCUCCUUCAUGAACAGUCAAGAUAGGAAGUAAGAAUCCUCUAUCUUAGAUAAGUCACAGCUACAAAACAUCCCUCAGUUCAUUAGUCUGGGGACAGGUGGAUGCUGCUCUUACAAACGGUCUGUUCUGUGGUUUCAGGGCACUGAUAAACCUGAUGAAGAGCCACAGUCACCUGAUGGAGGUGGAUGCACUUUUAGUACGAUCAGUCCUGUACUUGAUGCGUUUUGAAGACCUGAAGGAAUGUCUCACACAUAUCCAUGCUGAGCUUCUGGACGUGCUUCACAUCUCCACCAACAAAGCUCCCACAGAUAUUACCUUCACCAACUUCCAGGUGUGGUGGAAAAAAUAUAAUAAAUUAUUACAUUAGUCAUGAAAGUAUUUAUAGAUGAAUAUUUAUGUGAAUUUGAUGACUUUACUUCUUUUUUUUCCACAGACAGUAUUUGACAUCUUGUCAUAUAUCCAAGAACAUCUCAUUGAGGAAAAGUACAGGUGAUUGGCUUCCUUAUUUGUUGAUUUCAUUGUCAAUCCUUUUUGGGCAAAUUUAAUAUUUUCAAAUUAGAAAAGGACAUCAUGUUUGAUAAAAAUGAUGCUUAACUCUGCUCUUGUUUUUUUUUGUAGUGCUUUAAACAUGGCCUACAGGAGGUUGUGCCUAUCAACAGCAGUAAGACUCUUGGAUAAACUCUGCAGAGCAGUCAGACUGACAUCCACUAGCCAGAGCUGGGUUAAUAUUCCUGUGGCUUGUAUGCAACUGGUUGCAUCGGUGUCUGACUUUAUUCACAGCAACAUUCAACAGGUGUGUGAGUGUGAAGUCAAUCACAAGCUGUACACAUAUCCAACAGGAUUGAGUAAUUCUGAUGAUAAUCCUUCCAGGUGUCAGAAGAGGGGAGGGAAGAGCAGCGACAUGCAAAGGACGUAGUGAUGUCUUAUGCCAUGGCCAAUUUGAGAGACUGGAUGAGUUCAUCCUUUAGGUAUCGAUUGCUCAACAGAUCUGUGACAUCUCUGUACAAUAUUGAGGCCACAGUGGAGAUUGAAGUGAGUACUUCUGUUUAGAUGUUAAACACAAAAAUGCACAAGUGGAUCCCAACAAUGAAUUUGUGAUUGUUUUUAAUAGGUGUGGAGCAACUUAAUCUCCAUGAACUUCAGAGAUGAUGAUAUCACUACAGAAUGGAGACAAACUUUCACAAACGAUUUUGAGGGCAAGUACAAAAAGGUAUGCAAUGCAUCUUUUUUUGAAACUUUGUUGUUUUAGGAUCAAACUAUGAAAGCAUUAAUUAUGUUUUAUAUGUCUGUGUUUAGGACUCUGCUUUGGAUCAGAUUGAAUUCUACUGCACAAAGACAGAGGAGCUCAGUAAAUCACAUCCUCAUAUUGCAGCGAGCAUUGAGAAGUGUGCUCUGGAGGCUGUGACAGCUUUGUGCCAGGUUUGGAAAGAAAAAGAAAACAAUUUUAUAGUUUAUAAUAAAAGCUGUAUACGUUUGUUUGAUUGACAAACAGGGGCCACGGCAACAGGGGGGCAAGAUUAAAUGUUAGUGAGUCUAUAAAACUUGACUCUUUGUCAUAGCCACCCCACAGUGGUUGAUCCUGUCAUGAGCACAACAUGCUUGCAUUUAAGAAACCAUGGCAUUUGAAUCUGAGUGUAGUACAUUUGGAAGCAGAUAUAUAUUGUGCAGCAGCUAUAAGUGCUGCUUUUGUUAUAAAUAAAAAAUGUCGAAUAAAGAUGUGAAGGAGAUAGUCUGUUUUUUAGCAGUGUUUAAUGGAACAGGUUUGAUUGAAACCUUCAAGUAGAAUUUUUAGCAAUGUACAGUACUUAGUCACAGGUAUCUUUGCUGAAAAGACAUACAGUUAUAUUGAUGACUUCUUUGUCCUUUGCACACAGAACAAGUCCGAGGGGAGACUGUUUGAGAGGCUUCAGAUAAACUGGAAGUUUGGGAAACUCAUCUCUGCAAUCAUCGAGAAAUCCUGGCCAAAGGACGGUCAGGGAAAGUAUCAGGAAGAUGACGAAGUGGUCCUCCGACACCUCCUCUCCUGGACUGCCGCCAAAAACAUAUUCCAACUUCACGGUACCUUUUCCCCACAAAAUAAAUGAGUAACUCAUGCAAACAUCAGAGAGAAAUUUCCUUUUGCAGUUACAUUUUUAAAGCAUGGGGAUCUUUGAUGUGGUCAUAAAUCAAGGGUGUAAUAUUUUGUGAAUGUAGGUGCAGAUAAAAACCUGAUUGAGAAGCUCUCACAGGAAGCCAUGGACAGGAUUGCCAUAGCUAUAUCAUCACUCACAGCCAUGACUGAGAAACUGGUCUGUGGAGACAUUAAGAUCAGCAUGCUUAGCAUCAUCCUGGAUAGGAGUACUGCCUUCUUGGAUCUGUUAAAAAUCGGUAACAACAGUUUUCUUUUCAUUGAAUCAAUGUAUAGAUAAAAUGCAUUAGCAUCAUGUUUAUUUCAUGCAAUGAGAUACAAAGGACAAAUGAAAACAUGGUCUGUUGGUGAUUUGAUUUGAUCAGAUUGCCUUGCUGACAAAGAGCAAUACAGGGACGGUGGUAAAAUGAGGAGGCUCAUCCAGUGCAGGCGCGAUGAAGUGACAGCUGUGUACCACGAGAAGGAGCUUGUGGACACUCUCUUGACAAUGAGCCACAAACUGGAGGAACACAUGACAGGUAUGGCGGUCUCAUCAGGACAGGACAGUAUCGUCAUUUUAGUUUUAAUUGAUGUAUCGCGAAACCAUGCCCCCUUGGUUACUGUUGCUAGGUCCGACAAGCUUCUUGGAGCUGACGGACUAUCAAUACACUACCAUGGCGGGGAGAAGUAUUCCAGCGUCUGUCAGUGA